ACCUAAACAGACGGAGGGCUCUUGCUUUGCUCUCAGUGUGUCAGUUCUGCAUCACCAGAGGAGUCAUCCGCACAGCUGUAGCAGCUCUGCCGGCCAACGUAAACACUGCGGAGGAAGAACCGCUUCUCCAGCCUGUCUCGGACCGUCCAGCCUUUGUUGCCGUCAGACAGCUGAGCACUGCGGGAGGACGAAGCUGCAGAGCCCGAUCCGUCGGCGGCGGAAGGGACGUGAUAUGAACCCCUCAUCGGCUUCACGGCAGCGCAGCUAGACAGCCCCGUUUGCGGGGGGAUCGAGAGGACAUUUGUACCUUUAACCUGCAGCCGAAGGCCCGACAAAAGCGAUAGAACCUGCAGCCAUGCCCGGGUUUGAUUACAAGUUCCUGGAGAAGCCAAAGAGACGCUUCCAGUGUCCGCUCUGCAGCAAAGCGAUGCGGGAGCCCGUCCAAGUGUCCACCUGUGGACACCGUUUCUGUGACACCUGCCUGCAAGAAUUUCUGAGUGAGGGUGUCUUCAAGUGUCCGGAGGAUCAGCUGCCCUUAGACUAUGCCAAGAUCUACCCAGACCCAGAGCUGGAGCAGCAGAUCUUGGCUCUGCCCAUCCGAUGCAUCCACAGCGAGGAGGGCUGUCGCUGGACUGGCCAGAUGAAGCAGCUGCAGGGCCACUUCUCCACCUGCGCCUUCAACGUGAUACCCUGCCCCAAUCGCUGCUCAGUCAAGCUGACACGCCGCGACUUGCCCGACCACCUGCAGCACGACUGCCCCAAGCGCAAGGUCAAGUGUGAGUUUUGUGGCAGCGAGUUCACCGGCGAAGCCUAUGAGAAUCACCAGGGCGUAUGUCCUCAAGAGAGCGUUUACUGCGAGAACAAGUGCGGGGCGAGGAUGAUGCGUCGCCUGCUGUCCCAACACAGCAUGGCCGAGUGCCCCAAACGCACGCAGCCCUGCAAGUACUGCGGCAAGGAGUUCGUCUUCGACACAAUCCAGAACCAUCAGUACCACUGCCCUCGCUUUCCUGUCCAGUGCCCAAACCAAUGCGGCACACCCAACAUUGCCCGAGAGGACCUUGCUAACCAUAUGAAGGACAACUGCGGUAGCGCCCUCGUUCUCUGCCCCUUUAAAGAUGCCGGGUGCAAACACAGGAUUCCCCGUUCUCUGCAGUGCCCCAAACUGGCUAUUGGUCGUCACCUGGAAGACACCACUAAGUCCCACCUGACCAUGAUGUGUAACCUGGUGGGUCGUCAGCGGCAGGAGAUCCUGGAGCUGCGGAGGGAGAUGGAGGAGUUGUCUGUAAGCCACGAUGGCGUACUCAUCUGGAAACUCAGUGACUACUCACGGAAACUCCAGGAGGCCAAACUCAGAAGUAACCAUGAGUUCUUCAGCCCGCCCUUCUACACUCACCGCUAUGGCUACAAGCUGCAGGUGUCAGCCUUCCUCAAUGGUAACGGGAGUGGUGAGGGCUCUCACCUCUCUGUCUAUAUCCGCGUGCUACCCGGAGAAUAUGACAACCUGCUGGAGUGGCCCUUCUCCUACAAGGUGACGUUUUCCAUUCUGGACCAGAGCGACCCGUCGCUUUCAAAACCCCAGCACAUCACGGAGACCUUCAACCCCGACCCUAACUGGAAGAACUUCCAGAAGCCCUGCAGCAGCCGUAACUCGCUGGACGAGAGCACGCUGGGCUUCGGUUACCCCAAGUUCAUCUCGCACGAGGAGAUCAAGAAGAGGAACUACAUCCGGGACAACUGCAUCUUCAUCAAGGCUUCUAUAGAGAUUCCCCAGAAGAUAAUGGGUUGAGAUGCAAACUUUGUUUUCUGUUUAUGAAGGAGAAAGAUUCGUUAAAGACUGGAACUGAAACUUAACCUUGAGAACUUAUACAGACUUACCCUUUAGACCAGGGGUCCCCAAUCCCAGUUCACGAAGGCCGGUGUCCCUGCAGGUUUUAGAUCUCACCCUGG